AUGAACACCGCAGGUCCUUCGCGUCUGCCCAAAUAUUCUCGACACUCGUCUCGUCCAGUUUACAACAUUGAUGACCAAAGAAAUGAACCAUCUAAAUGUGAAGAGUACCCGGUGUACAAUGUGGGAGAGUCCGAUGAGUUGAUAUCAUGUUGCAUCGGGGGCGUUGACAUUACCAUGCUAAUCGAUUCUGGCUCGAAGCAUAACCUGAUCGAUGACACGACGUGGGAAAUGAUGAAACUGCAGGGCAUACAUAUUCGAAAUGAGAGAUUUGAUCAUGAUAAACGGUUCUUGGCGUAUGGGCGUGUUCCGUUGAAACUAGUUACAGUCUUCGACGCAGAUCUGGAAAUCAACGAUGCUGGGAAGUUGUUGAAAACAAGCGCCUCUUUCUACGUCAUCGAGAAAGGGCAACAGCCAUUGCUUGGCAAGAUAACUGCGCAGAAAAUUGGAGUACUACAGAUUGGUUUGCCUAGUUCACAAAAUGCGUUGGUGCGAAGAGUCGACACAGUAAAAGAGCCGUUUCCCAAAAUGAAAGGUAUAACUCUCAGUCUGCCCAUUGAUAGAUCUGUUUCGCCCGUAAUCCAACCUCUUCGUCGCUGCCCGAUCCCUCUACUACAACAAGUCGAGGUUAAAUUGAAUGAACUGUUGCAGUUGGACAUAAUAGAGAAAGUAACCCAACCUACGUCAUGGGUCUCCCCAUUGGUUCCAAUUCUGAAGGACAACGGCGAACUACGACUCUGCGUAGACAUGCGAAGAGCGAACCAGGCCAUUCAGAGACUAAAUCACCCUCUGCCGAUAUUCGACGAUAUGCUUCCUAAAUUUAGAAACGCUAAAUUGUUCACGACUCUGGACAUAAAACAAGCAUUCCAUCAGGUAGAACUUUCGGAGGACUGCCGCGAUGUGACUACGUUUGUAACAAAUUGGGGAUUGUUCCGCUAUAAACGGCUUCUCUUUGGGGUGAAUUGCGCCCCCGAGCUGUUCCAAAAUCUGAUGGAAAGUAUUCUCGCGGAGUGUGAAAACACAGUAGUUUUCAUUGACGACAUUAUGAUUUUUGGAUCCACUGAAGAAGAACACGACUUGGCGGUGAAGCACACCUUAAGUGUUUUGAACCGCUACGGCAUUAUGUUAAACAUUCACAAAUGCAAAUUUAAACAAACGGAGAUUUCGUUUUUGGGUCACAUACUCUCUCCAGAAGGUGUCGCCCCAGCCGAUGAAAAAGUCCAGUCAAUACUGCAGUUCAGACCACCUCAAUCGAAAGAAGAGCUACGAAGCUUUCUUGGCUUAGUGACCUACGUGUCACGUUUUAUUCCGAAUUUGGCAACGGUGAACUAUCCCCUGAGAGAGUUACUCAAACGAGAGGCAGGGUUCGAUUGGAAGCGAGAACAUCAGGAAUCAUUUGAUCAGCUGAAGCGUAUGAUUGGAUCUCUUCAUCACCUCGGGUAUUAUGACCCCAAAGACCGAACAUUACUUAUCACGGAUGCAUCGGGAGUUGGCCUAGGCGCUGUGUUAUUGCAGUUCAAAAACAAUCAACCAAGGGUCAUCGAAUACGCUUCAAAAAGUCUUUCGGAAACUGAGAAAAAGUACCCGCCGAUCGAAAAGGAAGCUCUUGCAAUCGUAUGGGGAGUAGAGCGCUUCAAGAUCUAUCUUCUUGGAAUACAUUUUGAGUUGGAGAUGGACCACAGGCCGCUGGAAGCCCUUUUCACUGCGACAUCGCGACCUACCGCAAGAAUCGAGCGUUGGAUGCUGAGGAUCCAAGCUUUCAAGUUCAAAGAAGCUGCUGCAAUCGAUAUUGAAGAAGUAAUCCAGGCUACCGCUUCGGAUCAGGAGAUGCAGAAGUUGAAAGUAUGCAUCAUCAACGAUUCUUGGAACGAUGAGAGUCUGAAGCAGUAUACUCCGUUUCGCAAUGAGCUAACAUACGUGAACUCGCUUAUCUUGCGAGGAUCCAAACUCAUCAUUCCAAAAAGCCUGCGCCCAAGGAUGCUUCAGAUAGCACAUGAAGGACAUCCUGGACAGUCCGUCAUGAAACGCCGUUUACGGGAGAGAUGCUGGUGGCCUGGCCUAGAUGAAUCUGCGGUAGAUACCUGUGUGGCCUGCGAAGGAUGUCGUUUGGUUCAGCUUCCGGAUCCACCCGAGCCAAUGAUGCGACGAAAACUACCCGACCGUCCGUGGGUCGAUAUCGCGAUAGACUUCCUGGGGCCCAUGCCAUCCGCGGAGUAUAUACUAGUGGUGAUCGACUACUAUAGUCGAUAUAUGGAGUUGGAGGUGAUGAGCAAAAUAACUGCGCAGGAGACGAUUAAACGUCUAAAACGUAUUUUUCGUACAUGGGGACCUCCACGAACGAUCACGCUAGACAAUGCUAAGCAAUUUGUAUCUUGUGAAUUCGAAGAAUUUUGCCAAACAAACGGUAUUCACCUCAACCAUACGUCACCCUACUGGCCUCAGGCAAAUGGGGAGGUCGAGCGCCAGAACAGGUCACUUUUAAAAAGGAUGAAAAUUGCGAACGCAUUAUAUGACGACUGGAAAGCAGAGCUCAACAGCUAUCUAGAUCUGUACAAUAAUACUCCGCAUACAGUCACCGGAAAAGCUCCUAGCGAACUUCUACAGAACCGAAAGUUGCGUACGAAGCUUCCUUGCAUUGACGAUCUUCAAACAAUCCCACCCAGUACCGAUUUCAGAGAUCAGGACCACGUGAAAAAGAUGCUGGGAAAACAGGGAGAGGAUGUGAAGCGUAGAGCAAAACCGAGUAACAUCUCGGUUGGCGACACAGUCCUCAUGAGGAAUCUUUGCCCGACCAACAAGCUGUCGACCAAUUUCCAUAAGGAGAAAUUCGUGGUAGUGAACAGACACGGCUCGAACGUAACCGUUCAAUCUAAGGAAACUGGGAAAACAUACGAUCGUAACACAUCCCAUUUGAAAACGGUCUCUGAUCCUUUACCGAGUGAUGUCAGUGAGGAAAUCAGGGACCUGGACGCGAAUUUGGAUAGCCAUACAUCGCCGGCUGCAUCUGGUGAACCAGGUAUCAGUACGGAAACACUGCAGAGUUCUGAUAUACCAAUUGACGCUCCGACUCCAGGAUCGGAAUCCAUGGAGUUGUCGCUGCCUUCGGUACAACUACGACGAUCGAAACGAAUGCCGAAGCCCAAGGAAAUCUACAGUCCAUAA